UAGUAGUUACAGUUUUGUUUGAAGGAAUUACAACCAUAGAGGGUUGGACUGGCCAGUCCGGAAAGAACACUGCAACACCACACGAAAUAUUUGAAUGUUCUAUUUUUCUUCGAGAUAUAGUCUAUUUAAUUCUUUAAGCAUCGACCGUCUGAUUGAUGCAUUUCUAUCACGAUGUUAGCGCAUUACCCAAAUGUGGAAAAAUCCCAGCUGGUCAGCUAUGUUGAAGAUUACCUUGAAUGUGUUGAGUCUCUCCCUUUGGACAUACAGCGGAAUGUUUCAUUGCUUUGGGAAAUCGACACAAAGUAUCAAGAGGUCCUGAAUGAGGUGGACGAUGUGUACGAGCGUUACAAGCGUGAGACAGAUGCAGGUCAACGCAAGCGCCUUCAGCUCCAGCUGCAGCGAGCCCUCAUCAGCAGCCAGGAGCUCGGGGAUGAAAAGAUCCAUGUGGUGACCCAGAUGCUGGAGCUGGUGGAGAACCGCUCACGCCAAAUGGACUCUCACACGCACUGCUUCACCGACCCAAUCGAGGAGCGCUCCCCAGGCGAGAAGAUCCGUCACGAGGCGGCUGGCAGUGGUGGUGGUGGUGGUGGUGGAGGAGGAGGAGGAGGAGGAGGAGGAGGAGGUGGCAGCGCCGGUGGAGGUGGUGGCGGUGCUGUGGCGGCGGCAUCAUCGGCAGGCUCCUUGCCCGAGCGAUCAGCUCGCAGGCCACGGCGCCAGCGCAACAGCGAGAGCCGCGACUCGUGCCACGGUGCCAACGGGGCGCUGGAGGACCCGGCUGAGGAGGUGCCCGCCCCGCCACGGGAGAAGAAAUCAAAGUCGGCCAAGAAGAAGAAGCGGUCCAAGGCCAAGCAGGAGCGUGAGGCCUCACCCGUGGAGUUCGCCAUUGACCCCAACGAGCCCACCUACUGUCUGUGCGAGCAGGUGUCCUACGGCGAGAUGAUCGGCUGCGACAACGAGCAGUGCCCCAUCGAGUGGUUCCAUUUCACCUGUGUUGGACUCACCUACAAGCCCAAGGGCAAGUGGUAUUGCCCCAAGUGCAGAGGCGACAAUGAAAAGACCAUGGACAAAAGCACUGACAAGCCUAAAAAAGAUCGCCGGUCAAGGUAGUGCCUUCAGUGAAAGAGGUUUGUAUGUUUAGCUGUGAGUGGGGUGGGGGAUUCGAAUGGGGUGAGUUACUUGAUGUAACAGUAUCGCAGUUCACACAAUCACAUUUGAAAGAGCACUGAAGUGGACUGUGCUGUCAAGCUAUGGACCUAUCACAGAGAAGCUGAGACUUUACCUUUGAGGACUCAGCUGCUGUUUUUUGCCAAAGGUUUUCGAAUAGGUGCUGACACAAAACACUUUGGGAUGUAUAGUGUAGCUGGCAAAUCAGGUGACCUCCUUAUUUAACCGUCAGAAGGACCAAGAGGAAACAGAAGCUAGAACUACUGCCACCAAGAUUCUAUUUCAGAGAUUAUGUGAGAGUAUGUCCCCCACCCUCCUCACUUAACUUGGCACAGAUUUUUAGAAUGCCCUAAGGUGUUCAGCAUCACAAAUGGGCCCCCUAACAGAAGGGAACCUACAGUGUUAUGACGAGGGUUCAAGAUUUGACAAGCCUUUUUGGAUUAUGCACAAGGUUUAAGUAGAGAUUUACACUAGGUUCUGGCUCUUAAUGUCUCUUCAUCUCAUUUAGGAAGUGGAAUACUUUUCACCCUCUCCAUGUCUUCCAGACAAUUCAGUUCCACUGUUACAUAUUUUGUGUGAUUGUUUGUAAGAGAUUUUUUUAAGCUUGGUGUAUUUAAUAAACCUGUGCUUGUAUUGUC